AAUAUGUUAAUUUCUAAAACCAUCUGGUUAUACUUUAUAUAGUAGUAUCAUUUCAGGGUCUUGCAAAACUAUUUUGCUAUACUAAGCGGUGAAGAGCAGCACUCAGCUCAAGCCUCAAAGCACACAAAGGUGUGUGAUGACUGAAAGAUCUCUCAAACCACCAUGACAUGGCAACAUUUGUGUGUCAUUGUCUGCUAUGUUAUAAAGGGCCGAUUCAAUUCAACAGAGGAGUAAUACUUGCAGGUCUGGUGCAAGUGUAACUAAUACAGACCCUGCUGAGGAGUUACCAUGCAUUACUAAUGAGGGACAUGCAGCCAGGAAGUUGUAUGCAACACUCACAAAGCUCCUGAAGCUGUAUGUAGCUACCAAGCUUGAUGUCUCCUUUUAUUUUCCUUUUUUUGCAUUGCGUUGUUUUAAAUAAUACAUUAAAUUAACUAAUUUUUAAAGGAUUUAAACACACUGUAGAAAUACAUUGUUCUAAGAUGUCAUGUAAUCAAAGCCAUUAAUUUGGAUAAAUUCCCUAUUCCUAACUUAUACUGAAAUGAACAUUGUAGGAAAGCUCAGUUUAAUGAUACCAUGGAGUAUAUUCUUGCUUCAUUCGCUGCUGUCCUCUUUGCAAGGUAAGAAUUUUAUUCCAUUUCUUUUAACUUUUACAAAGAUUUCUCUAAGUAUUUUUCUAUCAUUAUAUUUUUUGACCUUGCUGGAAUUUAUAAAUGCCAAUUAUUAUGGUAAUCAGAGAGAAACACUUCUCUCAAGGGAGUUGCUUAUUCAGGUUGCUCCAGGGACCUUUGAUAAUACAAGAUCCUUUUUGUUUUCUUCCAGAAAUGAGUUUAAUGCAACUCGACAGAAAAGAGAUCUUGUAACAGCCGAGGUUCAAGCUGCGUCUUUGUUGCAUCUUCAUGGGACCCAGAUGCAGAGUCCACCAGGAGGUUCAUGUCCUCAGGAGUGCCUUAAUGGAGCAGCCUGCACAGAGGCGGGUGAUUGUGACUGUCAGUUAUUUCAGGCUCAAGGAAACAGGUGCCAAAUUGUACCUAACACUGGUAAGGACAGAGAUGGGAUUUGCAAGUCGUGGGGACAGUACCAUUUUGAAACAUUUGAUGGCAUCUACUACUACUUCCCAGGAAAUUGCUCCUAUAUUUUUGCAAAAGAUUGCAGUACUCCAGAACCCCAGUACACUGUUUGGGUUCAUAACAGUCCCCACUGUUAUGGUUCUGUAUAUACUUGUCAGAGGUCCAUCAGCUUAUUUUUUUCAAACCAGGAAGAAAUAAUUAUUUCAGGCCAUGAAGUAAGAAAAAAUGGAAUCAGAUUAAUAUUGCCUCAGACAGUUGGAAAUGCUUUUCUUGAGAGACUGGCUGACUAUAUUCUGGUGAAGACUACCUUUGGUUUUUCUCUUGCUUGGGAUGGAAACUCUGGUAUUUAUAUUAAGCUGACAGAAGAUCAUAAGAGAAAACCUUGUGGCCUUUGUGGAAAUUUUAAUGGCAAUAAAUAUGAUGACCUGAUACUGCAAAAUAUAGGUGAUUAUACAGAAGACAUUGCUGAAUUUGCAAAUAGCUGGGCUGUGCAAUCCUCAGGUGAUGUAGCUUGUGUACCUACUGCCUCAGAUUUUUUCAGUCCUUGCUCAGCUAAUGGAGAAUCCACUGAGGACAUAUUCCUCAAAUGCCAAAUAUUCCUACAGUUUCCUUUUCUCAGCUGUCAUGAAAGUAUAGAUCCGUAUUCUUAUAUUGCAAGCUGUAUGAAUGAUCUUUGCAGAGUGGAUGAUGAUGAAACAUACUGCAGGGCAGUGACAGAGUACGCUAGAGCAUGCUCUCACGCUGGGUCCCCGGUGCGGGACUGGAGGGAUGACUUUCCUGCCUGUACUGAGAAGUGUGAAGACAGCUUUGUUCACCGUGACUGUAUCAGUUGUUGUCCACCAACCUGCACAUUUGAAAAAGAUUGUCUUGGCAGCAAUUUGCACUGUUUAGAUGGCUGUUACUGUCCAGAUGGUCUCAUUAUGGAAAAUGGAACUUGUAUCUCUUUGUCGAAUUGUCCUUGUACUUAUCAUGGAACUGCUUUCCCUGUAGGCUCAAAAAUUGAACAAGAAUGUAGCAACUGUAUUUGUGUUGGUGGCAUUUGGAACUGCACUGAUCAUGAUUGCCCAGCUGAGUGCUCCAUCACAGGUAGCUCUCAUUUCACAACAUUUGAUGGGCGUCAUUUUACCUUUCUUGGGAUUUGCCAGUACAUUUUGGUAAAAGGCAGUGGGAAAAGCAAAUUCACAAUCACUUUGCAGAAAGCACCUUGUGGACAGAACUUUGACCACACCUGCAUUGAGUCUGUAACACUAGUUCUUGAAGAUGAUGUGAGGAAACAAGUUACUCUCACAAGAUAUGGUCAAAUCCAAACUGUCUCUAAUCAAGUUUUUAACCUCAAUGGGGCUAUUGAAAUUCAGAAUAUAUCCUCUUUCUUUGUUCAACUGAAAACUAGUUUUGGUUUGAAGAUACUGUUUGCUAAAGAUGGAGAGAGAAUCUAUGUUCAAGUUGAUGUCAGAUGGAAAAGAAGAACAUUAGGACUAUGUGGAACAUACAAUGGGAAUUUAAGAGAUGAUUUUCUGUCUCCAGCAGGGAUGAUUGAAGGGACCCCACAACUUCAUGCCAAUGCAUGGAAAGUUUCCUCAGCUUGCUCCAUGCCGAUCAAUAUUCCUGUGGUUGAUCCCUGUAACGUUAAUCAGCAAAAUGCUGAGUAUGCGUCUCACUGUGAUAUCAUCAAUCAAGACGUUUUUGCUCCCUGCCAUGCCUACAUCAGUCCAGGGUUGUACUACCAGCUGUGCCGCUUUGAUGCGUGCAAAUGUGGGAGCAGCUGUUUGUGUAAUGCUUUGGCUCACUAUGCUUACGUCUGUGGCAAGCACGGGGUCAUCGUUGACUUCAGAUCUCAUAUUUCUUACUGUGCUGUAAUGUGUCACAGUGGUAUGCUUUAUCAUCAGUGCUCUUCUUUUUGUAAACACUCCUGUGCUUCACUUUCUAUGGCAAAUAUCUGUGGUGAUGACUGUGCAGAAGGAUGUAAUUGUCCUGAUGGGAAAUAUUUUGAAGAGUCGGUCAACUUUUGUGUAUCAAUAUCUGCCUGUCAUUGUCAUUACAAGGGCAAAGCUCUCCAGCCUGGAGAAAUCCUCUCUACGGCAACAGGCUCCUGUCAAUGUUUGAACGGAACAGUGAAAUGUAUUGAAGCCAGUACAGAAAAUACAGUUCACAUAUGCCCAGAUGGAAAAAUCUACUAUGACUGCAGAUCUCCUGUGCCUGGAUUACCAGCAGCAGGUGUGAAUUGUGGGAUCUCUUGUGCAAACCUUGCCAUGAACUUCUCCUGUGUCCCCUCUCCACCCUGUGCAAGUGGCUGCAUUUGCCCCCCCGGGAUGGCUGAGCACAGAGGGAAAUGUUAUAUUCCUGAUAGUUGUCCAUGCACCUGGAAAGACAGGGAAUUUCUGUCAGGAGAAGUGAUAGCUACACCAUGUUACACCUGUGUUUGUCGGAGAGGCAUAUUCAAUUGCACCAGUUACCCCUGUCCUGCUGUAUGCACUAUUUAUGGAGAUCGGCAUUAUUAUACCUUUGAUGGACUGGAAUAUGAUUAUCUCAGUGACUGCCAAACUUACCUGCUAAAGAGCACAGAUAACUCAAAUAUAUCUAUAAUUGCUCAAAACAAAAAGUGCUUUGACAAUGAUAUCGUUUGCUCAAAGAAUGUUUUCAUCACUGUUGGAGACACUGAGAUUUAUUUUAGUGAACCUUCUGAGAAGCAGAAGACCUUAAGGGGACAGGAAAACAAAUCUAAAUAUCAGCUUUGGAAGGCUGGAUAUUAUACUGUGAUACACUUUCCAGAACAGGACAUUACAAUUCUGUGGGAUAAGAAGACUAUGAUGCAUGUUAAAGUUGGACCUCAGUGGAAGGGUAAAUUGGCAGGUUUGUGUGGAAAUUUUGACAAAUAUACUUCAAAUGAUCUGACUACAUCAAACAACAUGGAGGUGAGAAAUGCACAGGUGUUUGGAGACAGCUGGGUAUUAGGACAGUGCAAGAGCCCAAAUGAAACGCUGAGACCAUGUGAUGUACAUCAGAGCAAGUUCCCUUAUGCCAAAAAGGAAUGCUCAGUUUUAUACAGUGAUGUUUUUGCACCUUGUCGCAAUGUGAUUGAUGUGACUUCUUUUAUCAAAAAUUGUCACACGGAUACAUGCAACUGCAAUCUUGGUGGGGACUGCGAGUGUUUGUGUACAAGUAUUGCAGCUUAUGCCCACAAGUGCUGCCAGCAGGGAGCAGCAAUCCACUGGCGAUCUCCUUUGCUCUGUGCUUAUGACUGUGAAUAUUACAAUCAAGGUCUUGGUGAAGGACCCUAUAUUUUGGCAAGUUUUGGAGCAAACGACACAAUUAUUGGGGCUAAUGUAUCUAGUAGAAGGAUAUUUCCUCUGCCUAGAACCGGAGCAUAUGGAAAUGUAAUUUUCGGUUUCAUGAUAACUCCAGGUCUUUUCAAAGAUGAAGAUUUAUCUCUCUCUCUUGUUUCCCUGGAAUCUGCUGAAAGACCAAACUACUUUCUGUAUGUACAUGACAAUGAAACCAUUGGGCUGGAACAGUGGCAGGCAAGUGCCUCCUUUCAGAGACGAGCCACCUUCUUCCACCACCGUGGUCUCUGGAGUCCAGGGCUCAGUGCCUUUGAACUGCACAGUAAAAAAGGCUUUUUCAUCAUUCUCACCUCAUCUAGUGUUAAAGUGGCAAAGUACAAUGAUUCAGAAGAAUUCAAACAUUUCAGUAGCUUUAGCAUUGAAGAACUUAGUGCUUCUGUGCCUUAUAGAAGGAUCUGUGAAUGGCGAUAUGAGUCUUGUGCCAAUCCUUGUUUUAAGACAUGUAGCGAUCCUGAAGGAAUAGCAUGUAGAUUCCUUCCUCCGGUUGAAGGAUGCAUGCCAUACUGUCCCAAAAACAUGAUCCUCGAUGAGGUCACACAUAGAUGUGUUUAUCCAGAAGACUGCAUACCUGUGACACCUACAGGAUCAGAAAUUGGAACAAAACCUUCAUGGUUAAUCUCUCACACAGAUGCUACCAUGGAGAGAUUUCCUCAGACACCUCCUUUAUUUGUUACUUUGGUGAAUGAACCAACUCACAUCGGUGUGACAGACAAAAUAACCAUGGAGGCAAACACAACUUUAAGGGGAAUGAAUAUGUCAGCACAGUCCAUUACAGACUUUUACUCAUUGGAAUCAUCUAAUGCAGCCACCUAUUCAACAUUUUCAUUACCAAGUACAGUGAACCCUUCUGAUGUACUUCACAGCACAGCCAGCUCUACUGUCCCUUCCAAACUCAUCUCUUCAACAUAUUUUCCAACUCUUCUUCAAGCAUCAGCAGUCAUAUCACAUACUGUCAGUUCUAAUACAUCUUUAAUUUUACCUAUUACAAUAGCAACUCCAACAGCUUAUGCAAAUUUUGACUGUUCCCAAGCAGGCAUCUCCAUUAAAAAAGGGCAAUACACAAGGAAUGUCAAAAAUUCCAGUUACAGAUGUUCUAAAUUCACUUUAAAUAUAAGCCCUUCUACCAACCUUUCAGCAGCACUAAAAUCAUCCAUUUUAAAGCCCUCUUUACUAAUGCCUAAAAUUUCUGAAGCCACCUUAGAAAGCCAGCCCUCUAUGCCUUCACCUCCUCCUAAGACCACUCAUAUCUCUAAUGUUUCUCUAGGAAAGCAGAGUUCUUCGGUAAGUUCUUCGGAAGAAGAUGGAAAAAUAUCAGCCAUAUCAGCUGGAAUCAUCACUCAAUCCACUACACCAGUGAUCAUGAGCACAACAGUGAAUGCCGCAUCCUCAAAAGUACCUUAUAUUUUUGCAAAAAUACCACCUAGCUCUUCAGCCAGUUUAUUAGUUACUUCAGGCACUACUCUAGCCUCUAGGAUUACUACAAAAACCACUGAUCCUUUUGUUGCUGACUUGGAUUUUUAUACGACUUCAGCUUCAGUUCUUACCACCACAGAAACACACAGAUCUUUGUUUACAACUGCAGUAACUCAAGCUUCCCAGAGCACUAAAGAAACUCCAAAAAUUAUUGUAAUGAAAACAACUGGUACUACAAGUCCAUUAUCACAGAUGAAGAGUACCUCAUAUACAGUUUCAGAAGUUAAAUACUCAACCUCAUAUGAGAGAACUGUGGAAAUUUCACAAACUGGUCAGACUUCAUAUGAGCAAAGAAAUUUUACCAAGAUAAAGGCAACCACAACUGACAAGUCUUCCCUGCCUUAUUUGCCAUUAACUGCAGUCCAGAGUUCGCUUUUUUCAAGAAAUACAACCUCAGUAAAAAAUAUGUCUCUUUCUGGAGUCUCAGGUCUAACAACGUCAGAUAGGUCCAAAAUCCCAACACAGAAACCGAUUAAACAUUAUUUUAGUUUAGCAGAGGCCACAGAGAGAACUAAAAUAGGUUUAUCUCAUUCUAGUGGUGGAAUGGCUCUACCUUCCUCUUCAGAAACAACAGGUGUAGCUGACAAGGCUUACUUUGGUACUAUGAUGCAUACACUGAUGUCUACAUCAUCUGAGUGUGUGCCAAGAUACCUUGAAUCUGUUGACAAAUGUAGCCAGUAUGUAUGUGUUAAUAUGGGUUGGAUGUUAUACAAUCUUUCAAGGAACUGCCCUAAGGAUGUGCAGAAGCCAGACUGUGGUUUUCGAGGAAUGCCUGUUCAAGUUAACACUGAUAGUUGUUGUCCAGAAUGGGAAUGUCCCUGUCAAUGUUCUGUACUGUCUGAACUGAGUAUUAUUACAUUUGAUGGAAACAACAUAGCCCUCUGCAAUAUGGCUUCCUAUAUUUUAGUCAAGUUACCAGGAGAAAUUAUUGUUGCUCAUAUUGAAAAAUGUCCUGCUAAUCAGAGUGCAAAUUCAAUAAGAAAACUAGUUCCACCUGCGAGCACUUCAGGGCUCUGUUUUAAGAAAUUAAAUGUCACAACACCCACAUGUAAAAUACUUAUCAAUCGCUUAGCAAGAAAAGUAGUAGUGGAUUCUGUAAUUCAACCAUUACCAUUUUCAAAAGAAGGACUGAGUAUUCAGGAUACUGGUGCAAUGUAUGUCGUUAAUACCCCAGCUGGUAUUAGCAUCAAGUGGGCUCAUGUUACAGGCAUCAUAGAUAUACAGUAUGGAUUGCACUCUAACACAUCGAUGAAGACAGAAGGACUUUGUGGGGUGUGUAAUGGAGAUCCUAGUGAUGACCUGAAAAUGCAAAACAUGAGCAUAAUUACAAAUAUGGAGGAAAUUGAAAUGUUCAUUAAGAGUUGGGAAAUUGAGAAAUCACUUGAUGUAACAACCAGGAGGCCAGUAAGAAACUGUACUGAAGACAACUGCACAUACUGUAUGGAACUGUUAAACAGAAGCAUUUUCAUCCCUUGUCACAAGAAAGUGUCACCACAGGAAUUUUGUGAGAAGAUGUGGAUCAACAGUACUUAUUUUUGGAAUUAUGAGUGUGAUGCACUUUCUGCAUAUGUGGCUUUGUGCAACAAGCACAACAUCUGCAUUAAAUGGAGGACAGCUGAUUACUGUUCAUUGAGUUGUCCUGAGGGCAAGGAAUACCAGCCUUGUGUGCAACCCUGUGAAGCCAAGACAUGCUUAAAUAAAUGGUUCUAUGAAGAUUCUCCCUGCUCCUAUUUGAGGGAAGACUGUGUUUGUAAAAAUGGCACCAUUCUGCAUAGAACAGACUCUGACCUUUGUAUACCAGAAGAAAAAUGUGCAUGUACAGAUAGUAAAGGACAACCCCGCUCUGCUGGGGAGAACUGGAAUGGGUCCAUGAGAGGCUGUUGCAUGUAUGGAUGUUUAGAAAAUGGAAGCAUUGUUGCUGUAGAACCUGAAUGCAAUGAGGAUCCACCACCAGUCUGUGAAAGAGAAGGAGAAGUUAUUGUCAGUGUCAUUGAAGAGAGAGCUUGCUGUCCCAAGAAAGUUUGUGAAUGUAACAUAUCAUUGUGUGAUGCCAUUAUUCCAACAUGCAAACCCACUGAAAAAUUAGUGGUAGGCUACCAUCCCCUGUCCUGCUGUCCACAGUACCGAUGUGAAUGUGAUCCUUCAGUUUGUUUCAAUGCUUCCCAGCUGGACUGCAGAGAAGAUCAAUUUAUUGUUGAAGCAAAACAGGAAGAUCCUUGUUGUUUCUCACAACUCUGUGUUUGUGAAUCCUGUAUUGAGCCUGUUCCUUUGUGUGAUGAAGGGGAAAUUCUCACUGUAGACCUUAAUACCAUACAUUACUGUUGUCCUCAUUACUACUGCGUUUGUGAUGAAAAUCUUUGUUCUGAGCCUCCUGUGAUUUGCACAGAUGACAUGACACCUGUGAAGAAAAAAAUACUUGGGCAAUGUUGUCCAGAAUGGCACUGUGAAUGUAAUUGUGAAAAUGCUACUAUGCUGACCUGUAAAUUGGGAGAAGUUAAAAAAAUAGAUAAUAGUGUUUCCAGUGCUUGCGGAUGCACUCACUACAUUUGCGAGAAGGAUGAUGUGUGCAUCUUCCAAGAGGUCACAGUACUGAAUCCUGGACAGUCAAUAAUUCAGUACUUGGAUGGAGACCUUUGUUACACUGUACAAUGUUUACAAGAAAAAGAUCAGAACACAGGAUACAAUGCCAUGCAUUUCACAAUGAUGAACUGUUCCCAGCAAUGUGAAGCUCAUCAAAUAUAUAUUCCUUCCUUCAGUCACCAUACUUGUUGUGGUAUGUGUCAAAAUGUGUCCUGCUCUUUUCAUACAGAGAAUGGAACACUUAUUGUGUAUGAGGAAGGAAGCACCUGGAGCUCCAACUGCACCAACUACAAAUGUGCUAAGACUGCUGCAGGGGCUAUCAUACUGGGAUCAAGUGUUGUCUGCCCCCCGUUUAAUGACACUGACUGUACAAAGAAUGGAGGAAUUGUGCAGACGUAUAAUGAUGGCUGCUGCAAGACCUGCAAAAAGGAAGAAAGAAUUUGCCAAAAAAUGACAAUCAGGACAACCAUAAGAAAAAAUGACUGUAUAAGUCAAAGCCCGGUAAACGUGGCUUCUUGUGAUGGAAAAUGCCCAUCUGCAACAAUUUUCAAUGUCAAUAUUGAUAGCCAUUUAAGAUUCUGUAAAUGUUGUCGAGAAAUUGGAACACGUAAUCUGACUGUGCCGCUGCGCUGCUCAGGAAAUGGCACUGAAAUUAUGUACGUCCUUCAGGAGCCUAUAGACUGCUCAUGCCAAUGGAACUGAACAUUACUGUGGAUACAAUUUAAUCUGAAUAAAUAAAAUGAGUUUCCUUUCACCAGA